CGUGCAAGGCUUCAAUGUUUGGAUCUCGGCUUCAGUAUGAGGUCAGUUGAACAGGACAGUGAAAAUGGCCACUGAUUCUGGACACAGUUCACCAGAUCUUGAAGUUGCUGCAUUAUUCAACAGUUCUCUUCCAAGUAAGAAAAAUAACAACACCAGUAGCUCAUUGCCAGGAAAGCAAUCACUCAAAGCUGAAGAAAGCAAACCUAAUGAUACCAGUCUACACUGCUAUGCAGGUAAUGGCGACAUUGCAAACAUCAAACUUCUGAUAGCUAAUGGUGCAGAUGUGAAUGCUGUUGAUGAGUCAGGUAAUACCCCAUUAUCAUGGGCGGCGUAUCAUAGGCAGCUUGAAGUCAUCGACUGGUUGGUUCACUUCGGGGCAGAUAUCAACGGAAAGCCAUUUGAAUCAAACUCUCCUCUUUCAGUAUCGGCCAGCAAGGGAUACAUUGACUCCUGUAAACAUUUAUUGAAAUACGGUGCUGAUGUCGACGCCACCAACUUUGAAGAGGCCACUCCAUUGAUGUACGCAGCCUUUAAUGAUCAUCACCACGUUGUUAAACUUCUGCUUGAAAAUGGAGCUGACCUGACCAAGAAGAACAUAUACCAAACAACGGUAAUGGACAUUGCGCAAAAACAGGGGAAUAAAAAAGUCUUGGCGGAGAUCGACAACUAUCUCAUCAAAAUACUCAACGCUUAAGACCCUGUCGUUGCUGCAGGCAAGAGAAACGCGCUCAAGUCUCGAAAGGCCAUCCAAGUCGACUUCUAGAUUAUAAUUCUAACUUGCCUUUUAAGAUGCGUAUGAAAAAGCACACAUAAGGAGAGUUAAUUGAAUCAUUGUAAAUACAAACUUGAGGCUGAACUUGCUGCCACGUGCUGAGACCUUCUGCAGUAGGAACCACGUUGCUCAUAAAAACAAACAACCGACAACGUUUGAAGGUAAGUCAGGACAAGGCGGCGCAUGGUUUGUCAAGAUUAACUGACUGUCAAACGCUUUGUUAGAUGUGAAUUUCAUAGUUCUGAGUUCGUAGUUCUAGAAAAAAAUGUCACUUAGAUAUUUAUUUGAUCGCAAAUGAUUAUUUAAAGCAGCGCCCUGCUUGCAUAAAUUUAUCUGUAUAAUUGAUAACCAAACAAUAACAGACGCCUCAUUUUGUAUAUAGCUAUUUUUAGUAUUUUAAGGCAGAUCAAAUAAUUUGAUAAAAAUUAAUUUUAUUAUGUCAACAUGGAGGAGA